AUGAAGGUGACCGUUGCUGCUGCUGUGGCAGUCCUCUCCGGGCUUGCCGGGGCCCAGAUGCCCGUUCCGAACCCCGGCCCGGCUCCUUGGCGCCCGCCCACGCAUGACUUCCCCGCUCCUCCCGCUCCCUGGAGCCCGCCCAAGCACGACUUCCCCGCUCCUCCGGUCGACACACCCCCGGUCGUCGUCCUUCCUCCGAAGCCGGUCACGACCACCAAGACCGACAUCAUCGUCAACCCCAUCACCAAGACCAGGACUGAGGUCAUCACGAGGGGCCACUUCACCAUCACCCGCAAGGUGACUGAGCCCUGCACCACUUCCACCACCCGCCGCCGGACCACCACGCCGUGCACCACGUCUAAGCCGAAGACGACUCCUUGCACCACGUCUAAGCCGAAGACGACUCCUUGCACUACGUCGAAGAAGCCCACUACGACGCCCUGCACCACGUCAAAGCCUAAGACUACUCCCUGCACCACCCUCAAGCGCUCCACGACGCCCUGCACCACGUCGAAGCCCAAGACUACUCCGUGCACCACUUCCAAGCCGAAGACUACUCCCUGCACUACGUCCAAGCCGAAGACAACUCCCUGCACUACGUCCAAGCCCAAGACUACUACUCCCUGCACCACGUCGAAGCCUAAGACUACUCCCUGCACCACGUCGAAGCCUAAGACUACUCCCUGCACCACUUCCAAGCCGAAGACUACUCCUUGCACUACGUCUAAGCACAAGACUACCACUCCUUGCACUACAUCUAAGCCUAAGACUACCCCGUGUACCACUUCCAAGCAUAAGACGACGACUCCCUGCACCACCUCCAAGCACAAGACUACGUCGAUGAAGCCCAAGACCACCCCUUGCCCCUCUUCGUCCAAGAAGGUUAUCCACUACACGAAAAUCACCUCGACCAUCCCCGCGAACGGCACCAAGCCCUGCACCACGGUGACCUACUACAGCAACAUCCUCCCGCCGCCCGUCACUACGUCCGCCAAGAAGCACCACUCCACCACUCCGGUCGUCGUCCUGCCGCCUCCGGUUGUCAUCGUCUCCUCGCAGCAGGGCACUCCCGCUCCCCCGGCGACCACCAGCCCCAGCAAGCAGAAGUACACCAACACCACGGCUCCGGUCAGCCCGCCUACCGCCCCGGCUCAACCUCCCGCGCAACCCCCCGCCCAGCCGCCGGCGCAGCCUCCCGCUCAACCUCCUUCCCAGCCGCCCGCUCAGCCUCCCGCUCAACCCCCGGCUCAACCUCCCUCGCAGCCUCCUGCCCAGCCGCCUGCUCAACCUCCCGCUCAACCUCCUUCUCAGCCUCCCGCUCAACCUCCUUCUCAGCCUCCCGCUCAGCCUCCUUCUCAACCUCCCUCGCAGCCUCCUGCCCAGCCGCCUGCCCAACCGCCUGCCCAACCACCUGCCCAGCCGCCUGCCCAGCCUCCCUCGCAGUCGCAGCCUCCCUCGCAGCCUUCUCAGCCGCCCGCCCAGCCUCCUGCCCAGCCGCCUGCCCAACCUCCCGCUCAGCCGCCUUCUCAACCUCCUGCUCAACCUCCCGCUCAACCUCCCGCUCAACCUCCCGCUCAACCUCCCGCUCAACCCCCCGCCCAGCCCCCGGCCCAGCCCAGCAAGGUCGCCACCGCAGGCAGCUCCAGCCUCCAGGCUCCUUUCACCCUGGCUGCCAUCAUCGCCAUGGCCUUCGCCUUCUUCUAA